CACUCGUUUCGUUCUGCUGACGCGACGCUCCAAGAACAGUCGAGGUCUUUAUGGAAGCAGCGCACGAUGAAAGCCCCGGUGACAUGGAGUCGUUCGUUCAUGUCGAGCUGGAGCUGGAGGAGACGAGCCCGCAGAGCUCAGCGGCAGCUCUGUUUCGCGGAGAGGAGGACGAUGAGAGUGGAGAGGACAGCGGCACAGAGCACUUCAGCAUGGUCAAACCCGGGACUCGGCUGCAGAGACAAGAGCGCCACCCAGGGGUGACGUCAGGGCUUCCUGACACCUUCCAAACAUCUCACCUGCUUUUCUACGAGCGGUUCAAAGCCUACCAGGACUACAUGCUGGGAGACUGUAAACCAUCAGAAAUAAAACCGUUCAUCGCGGACUACCUGAGGAACGUGGUGGAGCCGCGCGACUGGCAAGCUCUGUGGUGUACUGACGUCUUCGAUGUUCUGCUGGAGGUGACCGACGUGGACUUCAGCGACCUGAAGGCCAGCGUGAGCCUGGUGCUGCCGCUGCAGUGUGAGACCAGAGGCUGCGAACUGGACGAGGAGUCCAUGAAGAGCCUGCUGGAGGCCACGCGGCACCGAGUCUCACUUCUGGAGCUGCAGGUGGUUUUUGAGGAGUCUGGGACGUUUGACAUGACAGCCCUUGCCGUCGAGCACCUCAGGUUUUUCUACAAGCACAUCUGGAGGCCGUGGGAUGAAGAAGACGAGGACGAUGACUUUGACUACUUUGUCCGCUGUGUGGAACCUCGCCUGAGGCUCUACUACGACAUCCUGGAGGACCGGGUCCCGGCCGGCCUGGUGUCCGAGUACCAGCUGCUGCUGAGCGACUGCACCCGGUGCUUCCAGCAGUUCUCUGUGCUGCGCAGCGGCCUCAGCAGUGACUCCGAGUCGGAGCUGGACAACGUGUCCAUGGUGGAGGGUCUGGAGCUGUUCAACCAGCAUGAGACCCUCAAGAGGAAGCUCUACAUCAUCGAGAACCCACUUCUGAGGUACGUUCUCGCGUACAAGGGCAACUCUCCGUCACUGUGCGUCCAGAGUCGGGGGAAGAGAGAGUCCGGCGUCAGGAUGGUCCACGUGGUCUGCGACUCCUGCAACCCCCAGCAGCUCCAGUCGCUGCUCAACGACCGGCUGCUUCCUGACUGCUCGGCAGACGACACGGAGAUCCAGUUCCACAGAGACCCAGUGUCUGCUGUGGAUUCCUGCCAUGAAGGCGACAUGGUCCUCGUCCUCCCCGGAGUCUACCGUGUGACCAGCUCCAUGUUUCUGCCGGACUCCAUCACCGUGGAAGGCUUCGGUCUCCCCGACGAUGUGGUCAUCGAGAAAAAGAGCAAAGGGGAUUCCUUUGUGGAGUCGACCGGCGCUGAUGUGAGACUGUCCAACAUCAAGUUCAUCCAGCACGACGCCAUCGAAGGCAUCCUCAAUGUGCGGCAGGGAGCCCUGAGUCUGGAGAACUGUGUCCUGCAGUGCAACACCACUGGAGUCGUCCUCCGCUCCUCUGCUCACCUCUCCAUGCACAUGUGCGACCUCUAUGGCUCCAAGGGAGCUGGUGUGGAGAUCUACCCGGGCAGCAGGUGCAAGCUGGUGGGGAACGGCAUCCACCACUGCAAGGACGGGAUCCUCAUCAAGGACUUUGCUAAGGACGUGAUGCCUUCCAUCAUCAUGGAGAACAACGUCAUCCACAACAAUGAAGGUUACGGGGUGAUUUUAGUCAAAGGAAGCAGUGGUGAGGAACAGGUGUCUGGUGGGAACCAUGCUGAGCAAGUGACUGACGUGUGUUUGUCUGCAGAGGAGUCGAGCAAAGACGGCGUGGAGGCGGAGCCGGCUAGGGGUGGCACCGCUCCCACCCCUGAGCCUCCUCCAGCCGAGGCCGACGAGGACGGAGCCCCCAGCCUCAAGGUCCAUUUCUGUCGGCAGCUGAGCAAGAGCAAGGAAGCCACGUGCAGUCGGCCGGUGGAGGACCUGAUGGAGCACGAGAUCUUCACCGCCAUCCAUGGGAACCAGUUCCGGCGCAAUGGAGCCGGCGACUGGGGGACCUUCUUCUACUGAGGGGAAACUCCAGUGCUUUUGUCAGGUCGUACUCGAGUCGGGGGGGAUUUUAGAGGAAGUAUUGAGGAGCAUUUUUAUCCUUUAUUUAUUUUUCUUCCUUUUGGCUGAGCGUGAAUUUUAACCGUUUUAACUCUGUUUUGGUCAAAUCACUCGUCACUUUUCUUCAAUAAAGUAGCUGAUGUCGGAGGCGUGGUUCUCGCAGAGGCGUGUUGUGUUCCACAAAAGCUGUACUAAGCUGUUCUUGUUCUAUUUGGAUGGCGGGCGUUGGUGUGAAGCACAGUGGUGCAAAUGUUGACUUCACGCAUUAUUAAAGAAA